AUCUCUCUCUCUCUCUCUCAAAAGAUCUCGGCGAGGUGAAAAUGUGGAGGUUAACGGCGGUUACUUCACUACUGAAACGGAACAAUUAUAUUCUUCAGCGUCAUGGCUCCUCACAUGCAGUAGCUCAGAGAACAACAACCUCCGUUCGCGAGACCGAGACAAAAGUUCCGAAAAUGCCCCCGUUCAAUUAUUCUCCGCAGCCUUACGACGGUCCCUCCACCGCAGAGAUCAUAGCAAAGCGGCGAGAGUUCCUCAGCCCGGCUCUGUUUCACUUCUACAACACACCCUUAAACAUUGUGGAGGGAAAGAUGCAGUAUGUGUUCGACGAGACGGGACGGCGAUAUUUAGAUGCUUUCGGAGGCAUAGCAACGGUUUCGUGCGGCCAUAGCCACCCGCAAGUAGUUGACUCCGUCAUCAAACAACUAAAACUUAUUCAACACUCCACCAUCCUUUAUCUUAACCACACAAUCUCCGACUUUGCUGAAGCCCUCGUCUCCAAUCUUCCCGGGGAUCUCAAGGUAGUGUUUUUCACGAAUUCGGGUACGGAGGCGAAUGAGCUGGCGAUGAUGAUGGCUAGGCUAUAUACAGGAUUUAACGACAUCGUUUCGCUGAGGAACUCUUAUCAUGGAAACGCAGCUGCCACUAUGGGAGCUACUGCUCAGUCCAACUGGAAGUUUAACGUCGUUCAGAGCGGAGUUCAUCACGCCAUAAAUCCAGAUCCUUACAGAGGAAUAUUUGGAUCCGACGGUGAGAAGUAUGCAAGUGACGUACAAGACCUUAUCCAAUUCGGAACUUCCGGACAAAUUGCCGGUUUCAUCGGCGAAUCUAUCCAGGGAGUUGGAGGAAUCGUUGAGCUAGCACCGGGAUAUUUACCGGCGGUGUACGAUAUUGUGAGGAGAGCCGGAGGAGUUUGCAUCGCCGAUGAAGUCCAAUCCGGUUUCGCUCGUACCGGAACCCAUUUCUGGGGAUUCCAAUCGCAUGGUGUUGUCCCUGACAUCGUCACCAUGGCUAAGGGGAUCGGUAACGGUAUACCACUUGGAGCGGUUGUAACAACACCGGAGAUCGCCAGCGUUUUAAGUCGUCGGAGUUACUUUAAUACCUUCGGCGGAAACCCAAUGUGCACGGCCGCAGGACACGCAGUCCUUAGGGUCAUUCAUGAAGAGAAGCUCCAAGAGAACGCUUUGCUCGUUGGCUCACAUCUCAAACAUAGACUUACACUACUCAAAAACAAAUACGAACUCAUCGGAGAUGUGAGAGGAAGAGGAUUGAUGUUAGGAGUUGAGUUUGUCAUAGACCGUGACUUAAAAACUCCUGCUAAAACAGAGACCAUUCAUUUAAUGGAUCAACUCAAAGAAAUGGGAGUGUUGGUGGGGAAAGGUGGAUUCUAUGGGAACGUAUUCAGAAUCACUCCUCCUCUCUGCUUUACCCUCUCCGACGCUGAUUUCCUUGUGGAUGCGAUGGAUCACGCCAUGUCCAAGAUUUGAUAUGUACUAUCUUUAUAUGAUCAUGAUUAUCACUCAUCCUUGUGUAUAAAUAACACAGCACAAAAAGUAAAUUAUAAUCUUUCAAUUGGUUUUUAAUUA